AUGACAUUAGAUGAAAUGGAUAUCCAAGGAGCUGAAGAGCAAACUCAGAUAUUUACUUGGCACACCAUUGAUGCAGUCUAUGCAAGUUAUGCCGCGGCGCAACACCGUGUAUGCCAGUACACACAACUUGCGAAAAUUUAUCAACUAGAGGCAGAUGACUGGGCCGUCAAAAUUGAGAAGGCCAAUCAUCUCAUGCCUGACUAUAAGCCUGUAUGGGGGACUGUCAUGUUUGAGCUAGCCAUCAACAAGCAAUUGCUCUUGGCUUGUUCGCUUAAUAUGCUUGUACAACUAGCCAUUACUUACCAUUAUCCAUAUUGUGUGCAUAUUUUGGAGUUGCUCGUGGUACGACAAGUCGGCCUUACUUCAUACCUGGUUACAGUUAUCCGAAAUUCAACGCUCACAUCACUUCAUAUUGUCGACCUUCAAAGUUUCAAGUUUCCCAACAAUGACUGCUGUAAUUGUGCUUUGCUCUUAGCUGAUUUUGAUGGUCACAGUGAUGACGCUUGCACGACCUCAUCUAUGACCGCAUUGCUGAAGCCAGGAUCCCCUGAUGCGACAACUUCCUGGGAGGAGUGCUUGGGCCAGAGUACUCCAUCCUGA